AGAGUGGAAAGAGAGAGAGUGAUAUUCACGAGAGCAGUACGCCAUUACUCCUGCUUCUGUAGCUACACUGAAACAGCACCUGUGGGACACCAACAUCUACCUGAUAUAUCUUAACUCUUUGAUCAUUUACUUGAGACAAGUUUGAGGACAGUGCCUUACUGAAUUCAUUCAACAUGGUUACCGUGAAGGAGGACACGAAAAGGCGAGUUUUCAACUCUAAGAGCACUGUCAUGUAGACACGCUCCCUGCUGACUUUCGCACAGAGUCAUGGAGCUGAAGGUUUGGGUGGAUGGCGUUCCACGUGUAGUCUGUGGCCUAUCUCAAGAGACAUCUUGUCAGGAUGUAGUCAUAGCUCUAGCUCAGGCCAUAGGGCAAACCGGUCGCUAUGUGCUCAUCCAGAAAUUACGAGAUAAAGAACGGCAGCUCGUGGCUAAUGAACGCCCACUGGAGUCCCUCGCUAAACUUGGCCAGUUGGGCAGCGAAGUGCAAUUCAUCCUCCGUCGCACUGGCCCCACAAGCAGCGAAGCUUCAGACAAAGGUCGAGUCCCUCCCUUGCUCGUGCCCCCAAAUCCAGAGGCCCCCAAACACAAAGAGCCGAAAAAGGCUCUUACUUUUAAUCUGGGGCCCUCGGCCCCCUCGCAAACCCGUCUGAAAAAGUUUGAAAAACCAAUCAGAGACUCUCCAAGGGUGUCCCCAUCUCCAACAUCCUCCAUCGCUUCAGAUGAUGUGUCCAAAGAAGCGCUCUAUCAACAGAUGCUUCGACAACAAGCGGAGCUACAGGUCCUGCAGGGGCAGCUGACAGGUGUGGAGAGGGAGCUCGCCGUUUGGGACCGAUCUCCUCCUCCGGCCCUUUCCCCUGAACUCCUGGAGGAAGUGGACCACCUGCAGCAGGCUUUGAGGAGGAACGAAACAGAACUGGCCCACUUACCAUACUGGGAAAAAGAAUUUCACUCUGAAACUCAGAGGGAAAAGGACAUACUAAAGGAGAAAAAUGAACUUAGUAUAGCAAUAGAUAAGGAAAACCGAAGGCAGCAUGAUACAGAGACUCUAACAGAGGAGCUGGAGCGAGAUAUUCAGCUAAUCUUUGAAAGCAAGAGAAAUGGUAUGCAUAAAGCCAGGCCCAGUAUUGAAGAUUCGGUAACCCUAGCGAAGAGACAAUUGGACAACCUUCAGCACCAAACAGUUGUACUUCAGACGUCAAAUGAAGAGACAGAAACGUUUUUAAGACAGGCGGAUGAACAAUUUCUGGUGAAGAGCAAAGAACUGGAUGAUCUGAAUAAGGAGCUACGCCAGUGUAACCUGCAGCAGUUUAUCAUGCAAACAGGUGUCACACCAGCACAGACCACUCAAACAGAAGACAUUGAUUUUGCUCUCCUCAAACCUGACGGACAGAGUGAUGAAGAUUCCAAUCCCUCCAUCUUGGAGUUCAACCCUCGCACCACUGCCAAGCAAAUUCUUGGGAACCCACGCAGCCUUCAGAACCCACUUGUCUCCAGUCUUCAUCCUGAGGUCCUGUCAUCACGAGAGGCAUCAUGGCACUAAAGUCUGGAGUACAACCCCAAGGAAUUAUCCACUGUUCACUUUAUAUUAGUUUAUCUGCAUCAUUUUGUUAAUUUUCUUUUCUUUUGUAUAGUACUCGAUGAAAUGGAUUUGUGAAAACUAUGUACAGAAAAUAGAGUGUUGUCUUUGUAAUUAUUAAACAGAUGAAGAUUUUGAGAUGUAUUUCACUAUCUACGUAUAUUUCUUUUACUAAAAACAUACCAAAAUAAACAGAAAUGAUUUCA